UCGAAACUACAAAAUUAUUAAUAAGCUUAAAUUACAUUCAAAUAAAAAAAACACAAAAAUGUCAGAAUAUGAUAAAGUGAGAUCUGGAAAACUUGUUUUGAAGGGUGAAAAAAAAAGAACAAAAAAACGAAAAUUGAAAAAACAGGAGAAAGAAUAUGUUAUUACUUCAGAAGAUAAAGAUACUAUAAUUCAUGGUGGUUGGUGGAAAACUACACAAGUAUCAGAAGUCACAGGAACUGUAGCAAUUGAAUUUGGAAAUCAUAUCUAUAUGAAAGCUUUAGAUAAUGGAUUAUUUACUUUAGGUGCACCUCAUAAUGAAGGUGAAGGACCUUCACCAGAAGAGAUUUUAACAGCUUUUCCAAUAGGUGAAACAAAAGUUGCAUUGAAAUCUGGUUAUGGAAAAUAUUUAGGUGUUGAUAAAAAAGGUAUUGUUGUUGGAAGAAGUGAUGCAGUAGGUAUGAUUGAACAAUGGGAACCAAUAUUUCAGGAUAACAAACUUGCUAUUUUGAAUAGCAACAAUUGUUUCAUGUCAGUUACAGAUGAAGAUGAUAUUAUUUGUCAAAGUAGGACUGCUGGAUCUUCUGAAUUUUGUACUGUAAGAAGUAUAACACAAAAGACACAUGAUCCAAACAAAGAUAUUCCAAAAGAGGAACAGGGUUCUCUUCAUGAUGUUGAAGUGAAUUAUGUAAAGAAGUUUCAGAAGUUCCAAGACAAAAAAUUAAAAAUAAGUAAAGAGGAUAAUUCUAAAUUAGAAAAAGCAAAACGAGAAGGAAAUUUGCAUGAAGCUUUAUUAGAUAGAAGAAGCAAAAUGAAAGCAGAUCGAUAUUGUAAAUAAUUUUUGUAUAUUAUUAUAUUAUAUAUGAUAAUAUGUAUCUUAUAAUUAAUUAUCAUUUCAUAAAAUGUAUGUUUAUUAAAAAUAUAAAAAAAUGAUUAUAAACUAUAAA